UUCCUGAAUCCAGACGGAAUCUCUUCUUUUGUCGCACUUACACAUCACUAUUUGUAUCGGUACGUGCAGGCAUUGAGACUCAUCAAGUUUGCUGCUGGUAAAGCAGGCACAGAGUUUCGUCGCGAAAUUCAACGACAGGCUCCAGCUGUUCUUCAAUUUUUACAUUACAGAGGAGUACCGGAUGCCUUGAAAGGAGAUGCUUUGAACAAAGCUGUGCGUGAGACCGCACAAGAUGCCUUAUCUGCCAUAUUUGCAUCCAAUGAUGAAAUGCCUGGGGAAGCAGUGGGUAAGCGCAUGGAGGGGUUCGGAAGCACCAAUUUCGACUCAUCGAUCCGUGUUGUUAAAAAAACGAUGUUCGAUGAUAUGAUGGGGUUUGGGAGUUCAUCGAUUCGACAGAUAAGUGGAAUAGCCAGCAGUGGGACAAUCGGUAACUAUGGAGUUUCUAACUCUGAAACUUACAGCCAUUCAGAUUCUCAGGCAUCGACAUAUUCGUUGAGUUCUCACGAAACUUUCGAAUCUCGUAGUAGCAAGACAGAGGGUACUGAAGGAGGACGUCCAUGUCAUAAUGGGAAGCCGAUGUCUCAAGAAGAUCGAUUAGUCGAUGCAGUGACUACUCCAGGGGGUGUGCGACUGCAACCCAGCCGAGAAGAAGUUCAAAACUUUCUUACUGCAGCGACCAAACUGGAUGGAGACCUACUUGGUUAUGCGCUUCUAAGCAAGUUGCAAGCACGUUUAUGGCAGGUGCGUUUGAAAGCCAUGUGUAUUGUGGAAGCCGUUUUGCGACAAGGAGACAGUCAUGAUGUAUAUCAGAGAAUGGGUGGGAUAUUCCAAGAGAAUUAUGGAUGUAUAGAUGAAAAUGCAGAAUCCCCUCAAGCCUCUUUGAAGGAGAAGUCUAAGAAGGUUCUGGGUUUGCUUGGACGAGGCAACUCAGCAGAGAGUCGGCAUCAAACUGGGCCUGGGCACAUUUCACCUGCAUCAUACUCAUCGUCAGCUGGAUCAUCUGCCCAACAAUCUGUGGUGUUGCCUGAUCUUCUGGAUGGUUGGGAUGCAUCCGAAGGAGCUGAUGUUGUGCAGAAUACUGGGACACUGCCUCAACAACAAAUAACCUCAGCUGAUGCUCCUACUGAAUCUUCAUCAAAAGCAGCUGGUGAUGACUUACUGCGAGUUUUCAAUUGGAACGAAAACGCUCUACAAUCGACUCAGACCACUAGAGAAGGAGACCACUUGGCAGAACUUAGUGUGAAUACUGCAAGUACCAUUAGUUUUGACAAUGAUCUUUUCUCUGGACUCAGGGUGGACGCAGUUCACGGUGAUGCCUCAAGUGGAGCCUUUGGGGAUACUGGUCUUUUUGAGGGUCUCGGUGUAAAGGAUUCAAUCACUGCAAAGACAGCACAACCUCCUGCGGAAAACCUUGUAGAUUUAUUUGAUGGUCUCUCGACUGAAACUUCUGUAACAGUAAAUUAUGCUUCCAUAGAUUCGUUUCAGGGUCUAUCAUCCUCUCUUGACUCCAAGCCUUCUGCAAUUGGUACCAAUAUCAGUCAGUUACAGUCCUUGAGUGGCGGAAAUACUUCAAGACCAAGUGUUGGAAAUGGACAAAUUGCUUCAAGUCAAUUCGUAACAUCGUCUGUUCGAGGACCUCUUCCAUCACAAAUGAUGUAUACUUAUCCAGCUUUAUUGGCUCCAACGGCUGGUGGCACUUUUCAGCCUAGCAUGGCAUCACUAGAGUUUGCUCAUGGACCUGCUAUAAUUGCAGGGAUGAGCGCUCUUAUGAUGCAACAGCAGCUUGCAGCGAACCUGGAAACCAUGCAAGCACUUGGAAUAGGAAUGGGCCCUCCAGUAGGAACUGGUUCUCAAGGCAACGGAGUUUCUACAUGUUCUUUUGGACAAAUUUAUAACGAUGGGUUUGACUUCUCUAACCCUGCUGGACCUGCGCACUCAACAGAACCCCAAAAGGAAGAAACUAAGGCAUUUGACUGGUUAAAAUUAAGUUGACUAGGAAUUUCUUAGUUGCUGUUCAGCAGGAGGUUGAUUUGAGGAUCUAUCUUUGCAGUUUUGUAUGUCCACCAGCUGCUUGAUUUGGCAGAAAUGGAGUUUGCUGUUGUUGCUACCUUGUAUAUCUUUUUUUUAGAUUCCAGAUAGUGAAAGGUACAGAUUUGUAUUUGUGGAGGUACAGUGUUUGCUUCUUGGAGAGCAAUGUCUCUAUCCGUUAAAUAUUAUACAUAGUACGUUUAUCUGUUUCAGCUGAUAA